UAAAACAGAGCAUGACACAGAAAUAAAAACUGUAAUGCACUUGUCGUCAUUCGUCGUUGGUAUUUAACGUAAUCUGUUAAAGAGAGUGUAUGUUAGUGUCUCUGUGUUUUAUGUUUAAAAAAAAAAACAAACAAAAGUGAAAUAUUUCAUUAAACGAUCAAAUACAUUUUAUUAUUAAUAGGCAAACAGUGAAUCAAUGAUGUUUGAACUACCAUCAGAAUUAACUACUAAACCAUUAGCUCUUAUCGGUCUAUCUGGCUUAGACAUAACAAAUGCUGUCCACCGAUCAAUUUGGGAUGCAUUUAAUAAUAAUCGAAGACCUGAUGGUACCACUGUUCAAUUUAAAUUAUUAGGACCAAAGCAUGAAUUUCCUACCGUUAAACCAAAGAGAAACUCAUAUGAAUGGUAUAUACCUAAAGGAAUUUUAAAACGUAAUUGGAUGAACAAAUACCUUAAUGAAAUUCCAGCAGUAGUUAUAGUCUUUUAUGAUUUAGAUUGGAAUGAUCCAUUGUGGAAUGAAAAAAAGAUAGAAUGUGCUUCGAGAAUACAAUCACUCAGAGCUGCUUUGGAAGGUAGAAGUACAAAAGUAGCACUUGUAUUGAUACAAUGUGGUGUACCACCUCCUCCAGAUUCUGAAGAUAUAACAGCAACUGAACGAGCAACUGCUUUAUGCGGUGCUUGCGAAUUACCACCUAAUUUACUCUAUGUAUUACCACAUGGAGAUCAUUUAUCAGGAUAUAUAUCCAGACUAGAAACUGCAUUUUAUCAACUGGCACAAACUUUUUAUCAUCAUGAAUAUCGUAUUAUUAGAAGUCAUCGUGAUCAAUUGAAUAAAACUGUUCAUCAAUAUUUGUUUGUACGUCAUCAAUUUAAAAUGGGAUUUUUAAAUGAACUAAAACAAGAUCAACCACAAAAACAUUAUGUACAAGCGUAUCAUAAUCUUUUUGAAAUAAGAAUGGUAGACACUAACGCAUUGGAAAUAAAAACUAUUGCUGGUUUUAUAAAUUAUAAAAUAUGCAAGAUAAUGUUUAGUUUAAAUCUUCCAAAAGAUGCUAUAGCACAAUUUAGACUUCAUACAGAAAGGUUUAAACUAAAAACUGGUCCGAAGGAAUUGAUAUUUGAACAUCAUGCUUGGAUGAGUAACCAGUUUUCAACAUUUGCAGAAUUAUUUGAUGAUGCAAUUCGACAAGGUCUUCCUGCAGUUCAAACUCAACAUCCUGGAUAUUAUUAUCAAUUGGCAGCGCAACAUGCGAGCUUGAGACAAUCUUCAUGUAAAGAAUUAUGUAAAAAUGUAAAUAGUUAUCCAGAUCUAGAUCCAUUAGCUGGGGAAGAAAAACUUGAAUUUUAUGGUCAACGUCCUUGGCGUUCUGGAAAAUUAAAUGUAGAACCACUGGAUACUGUUAAAGAAGCAGCUGCUAUACAAGCAUUACAAUAUAAAGAAAAAACAUCUGUAAAUCAUUCUAUGAUAAUUAUUGGCUUGCUGGGAAAUGCAAUUUCUCAAUUUAAAAUAUAUCGAUGUCCUAGAAUGCGCAGAUCAUUAGUUGUACAAAUGGCUGAAGAAUAUUAUAAUUCACAGGACUAUGGGAAAGUUCUUACAUUAUUGAUGCACAUGUUAUGGGAGUAUCAUGGAGAGAGAUGGCCCGUCUUGCUAACAGAUAUCCUAAAAAAUGCAUUACGAGCUGCAUAUUUGUCUACAAGCAUUCAAGACUACCUCACAUUAUCUUUUGAAGCUUUAGGACCUUCUACGACAUUUACUAAAGAUCAACAAAACAUUGUUUACAACAAUAUUACUAAUAUUCUUGAGAAACGACCACCACAUCCGGAACUUGAUUUACCAGAUGAUUUAAAACGUCUUGCAUUAGAAAAAUGGAAAUUAGAAUUGACUCGACAAGAACCAAUUGUUUUUACAAUUGAUGAUAACAAUAUGGCUUCGUUUAUAGAUGUUAAAGCACAAUUUUUAAAAUCAAGUUAUAUGGUUAAUGAAAAUGUUACUAUUGAAGUAAUUAUAAGAAAUACAUAUUCUGGAAAUAUUGAAUUUUCUAAAGUAUCUGCAACAAUUAAUAGUCCAGUAUUUAAUACAGAAAUUGUAGUUGCCAUUUGUCAACAGAAUAAUGUUGAUCUUGUAUUCUCUGCUAAUGAAAUGAAAAAAUUGUAUGGUGAAUUUGCGGCACCUCCGUUAAGUCAUAAUAGUGAAAUUCAUAUUAAUACAGUCACAUUGUUCAUGGGAAAUGAAAAUCAAUGUUCUAUCAUUUUAAGAUUUCCAGCUGCGGGAAAAGAAACAAAUCUUUUACAUCGUUUAUAUCCUGAAAUACAGUUAUUACAUAGUGGCAAAUUUGAAGCGAUAAAACCAUUGUUAACAACUGAAAUCAAAAGGAAAGAAAAUGAUGUUAAUAUAAAUGCAAAAUCUUAUAAUCCUGCAUUAUUAGGAGAAUGGGUACCUAUUACAAUACAUGUAACUAUUGAAGAUUAUAUUACUGUAACAUCUUUCCAUGUUAGUUUUCAAAUGGAUGGAAACAAUGAACAAUCAACUGAUUUAAGUUUGACAAUGUCGACUAAACAAUCUCAGAUAUCAAUUGAAAUAGAAAAAACAGAAAACAAUAAUAUAAUUGAGAAAAUUGUAUAUAUGCGGGCGCAUAAAGUGGGUACCAGAAAUAUCACCAUAAAAGUAGAAUAUUUAUAUCCAAAUGAUAUAAAAGGAAGUAAAGAAAUGAUACAUUCUAUAUCAGUUUGUAAACCAUUCGAAGUAACUACAAGAUUUUUGACUAAUCUUUUAGAACCAUUAACAAAAGGUUUCAUUCAUGAACCUUUUAUUGUCAUGCCACAUAUUUCAUGUACAUCACCUUGUCCAAUUAAAAUUCUUCAUACUUCAAUCGAGUUGGGAGAUUUAAUAAAAAAGGAAAAUAAUCAAAAUGAAAAUAGUAUAUUAGCAGGAACUGUACUUUCUGAUGGUGAAGCUGGUACCGAUGCAUAUUGUUUAAUAGCUAAAGCUGGUAGUGAACAACCUGUCAGUAUAGGAGUAUAUACUAUUAAAUGGAUACGUGCAAAUGAUGAAAAUGCAUCAGAAACUAGUAGUAGUGUAACAUUAGCUCCAUUGUGGAUAGAAGAUGCAGUUAUUAGUUUAGAAGCUAAAUUACCAGCUCAUGGUUGGGUAUGCACACCACUGUAUAUAUCAUAUAUUAUACAAAAUCAUUCCGAUCAUUUGAUCACGUUACGUUUAACAAUGGAGGCUAGUGAAGCAUUUAUGUUUGCUGGACAAAAGGAGGUUGACAUUUAUAUUCUUCCAAAGAAUGAAAGAAGAGUUGAAUGGAUUUUACGUCCACUUGUAGCUGGACUUGUUGCAUUACCAAUAUUAUCUUUAACUGUACCUGCCGAUGAAGAACAUAAAUUAAGUAAAGGACGUCUUUCAGAAGUGCUGGAACGUUCAUUGCCAAGUCAUAUUUAUAUAUUGCCAAAAUCUCAAUCUAUAGAUGAUUAAACAUGACAUUAUUUAUUUAGACAUCAUGGAUAUAGUUUACACAUUAAUUGUGUAUUACAAAUUUGUGUUGGAUAUCAUUUUUAAAUGAUAAUUUUAUAUUUUAAUGAUAAAAAAAA